AUGGGGGACUGGAACUUGUUGGGGAGUAUUUUAGAGGAGGUUCACAUUCACUCCACCAUCGUCGGUAAAAUCUGGCUGACCAUCCUGUUCAUUUUCCGGAUGUUGGUUCUUGGUGUGGCGGCUGAGGACGUUUGGGUGGACGAGCAAAGCGAGUUUGUCUGCAACACGGAUCAGCCUGGAUGCAAGAACGUCUGCUAUGACCAGGCGUUCCCAAUAUCGCUCAUUCGCUUUUGGGUAUUGCAGAUCAUUUUUGUUUCCUCGCCUUCGCUGGUGUACAUGGGACAUGCUCUGUACCAGCUAAGGUCUUUAGAGAAAGAACGUCACAGGAGGAAAAUCCAGCUGCGAGCAGAGCUGGAAGAGACCGAGCCCCUCUUGGAGGAGCACAGGAAGUUGGAGAAGGAACUGAGGAGGUUGGAGGAGCAGAAGAAGAUGAAGAAGGCUCCUCUAAGGGGCUCCUUGCUUCGUACAUAUAUUAUUCAUAUCCUCACCAGAUCAGUGGUGGAAGUGGCGUUCAUUGUCGGGCAGUAUAUCUUAUAUGGCAUCGGACUGGAUCCUUUGUAUAAGUGUGAGAGGGUGCCUUGCCCGAACAGCGUGGACUGUUACGUUUCCAGGCCGACAGAGAAAACCAUCUUCAUGGUUUUCAUGAUCGUCAUUGCAGGGGUUUCCUUGUUCCUGAACCUUUUGGAAAUAUCCCACUUGGGGGUGAGAAAGAUUAAACAGACUCUGAGCGGACUCCAGUUUGUCGAGGACAACAGUCUUUGCAAACCCAAGCAUUCAACAAUUCAGCAGCUCUGCGUGAUGACGGAGUAUUCACCUCACAAAAACCCACAGUUGAAAACUUUUAUCCCGCAGGGGCAAACAGACAAACAUCUGUUCAGCUCUUCAAGCAACGAUAUUCUACGGCACAACAGUUUAGCAGCGUCCACCCUACCGGUGUCCUGCAUUACCCAGCAGCCUCGCCAAAUGCGCCAGCCCAGUCAGGGAAUGAUUCAUGAACUGCACUCCCAGGGGUCCCUGAGGCUCCUGGAGGACCAGGAAAACCAGCAUCCAGAUAGCAGUAACUGCUCAGAAAGGGACAUUAGGCCUUUUAACUCGGGUCACCCGGGUUCUGAGGGCCAUACUGAGAUACCAGCCUGCCUUCGCAAUGCUCUGCACAGGCCCAGCCGCUUGGCGGACCUGGCAGACGACGCUAUGGAGUCCUCAGAGAGCGACUUCUGUCCGCCCAACAGGAAAGCCAGUUUCAUGGUUCGGAUGCCCUCUGAAAGCAUGUCCGGCAGUCCGUCCUGUCCGUCCACCAGGAGUUCAGAGUCUGAGCUGGGAUCCCUCAACGACCUGCCCAUGAACCCACCACCAGGGGCAGGACGACGGAUGUCUAUGGCAAGUAGAUGGAAAUGA